GGGGCCUGCCUCACCCUCGACGCGGAACUUCUGGGCGUAGCGCUUGAGGUUCUUCCUCUGGAUGGCGCCGAAGCCGGGCGGGAAGCGCCCCUCGGAGAGCAGGCGGAAGAUGUCCUCGAACUUGCUGGGCGCGGGGCGAGGCGGAGGGCGCCCUUCCUCCUCCUGCUCCUCGUCCUCAUCCUCCUCCAUGCCGGGCCGACCAAAGCCCCGCGGCGGGGGCGGCUCAGGAGGCAUCCGCUCCCCUGGGGCCACGCCCGGGACGGAGGCGCCUGGCCAUUGUGACCUCACACUCUCCCUCCGGGCCCGCCCGCGCCUCCACGUGACGAAACGGGCUUGUCUAGGCCGGGGAGCAACAGCAGCAGCAACAGCCACGGGCCUUCGCUCUUCCCGCAGCGUUCCGGAACGUCUGGGUGCGCGUUUCCUCCCGGAGCGCUUUGAGCCACGGACCCACUCACUAAAGCUCCAUGGCGGCCGGCAGCGCGAGGCCUGGCAGGAAGGGCUUCCUCUCCUGCGCCUGUUUUUUCACCGACAACCUCUUCCUGCCGCGCUACGGCCUCCACGUCCGCUACGCCGGGGACCCCGAGCAGCUCCGCCGGGAGCAUUAAGACAGCGUGGCUGCAGAACGGAGGAAGAAUUUACAGCUGUAAUUCAAGAGAUUGAAAAAGAAGUGAAAAGAAGAAAGGAAUUAAGUUACCGUUCUAAAGAGAGGAAAGCAAUCAUCUCCCGGAAUUACAGACCGAAGCAUCCAGAGCUCUAUAGUUUACAGGAAUCAUUUCUGGCCCCAAAGUUUUUAGAAACAGUCAAAUACUGCACAUCCAAAGAGGCCGAUCUCCAAGGCCUCCUCAGUCGUGUAGAAACUAUAUCAGAUAAGAGAAUCUAUCGACUGCCAGUAUUUGCCAAGGAAUUCUGCCAAGCUUUCAUCAAAGAACUGGAGAGUUUUGAACACUCUGAGAUGCCCAAGGGGAGGCCAAACUCUAUGAAUAACUAUGGGGUUCUCUUAAAUGAACUUGGGAUGGAUGAAGCGUUCAUCACCCCUUUCCGUGAGAAAUACCUGCAGCCCCUGGCGGCCCUGCUUUAUCCAGACUGUGGGGGAGGCCACUUGGACAGCCAUAAAGCUUUUGUGGUGAAAUACGCUUUAAAAGAAGACCUGGAUUUAAGCUCCCACUAUGACAACGCAGAAGUCACACUUAACGUCUCCUUGGGGAAAGAGUUUACCGACGGCAACCUCUACUUUGCCGAAUUCAGAGAGGAUAUCAACCCUGUGCCCAAGUACAUCGAGGUGGAGCAUGUGCUUUUUCAUGGAUUGCUCCAUCGUGGGGGGCAGAUGCAUGGGGCGCUCCCGGUCACCUCUGGAGAGCGUUGGAAUCUGAUUAUUUGGAUGAGAUCAUCUAUUGUCCGGAACCAACUGUGUCCCAUGUGCAACAGGACGCCAGAACUGGUGGAAGCAGAUGGGUUUGGAGAGGGGUUCACCAGCAACUUCGAUGACAGUCAGCCUGAAACUGUGGAUUUGUGCUCCUUAAUCUAGAGGGAGAACGCAAGGUGAAUCCGACAUCUCAACUUCCAUAAAGACAACAGCAGUAGCCUCAAUAUGUUCCCCAAAGACCAAGCUGAAGAUGGUUUGUGUGCUUCUAAAGCUGUCCAUACAUUAAAGAAGUGAAAACAUCAUAACAAGCAGUCACAGAGCAAAAUCACUGAGUAUAGAUUAUACAGCAUAACUGUCAAGUGAAAUACUGUCUUAGCCACGGAUCCUAAGAAUCAAACUUUCCUUGUAAAAUGUGUCUCUGAAAGACAGGAUUUUACCCGACAAGCCUGCUAGGCUUCCAAAUGCUUUGGUGGAGGUCUUCUUUUGUGCCGCUGGAGGCAGUUUGUCUGGAUGUGAAAGAGGGCCUUCCUGGUAGUUUCUUCCAAGCUGUGGAUCUCAGCUAAGUAGGUAUUCCUUCUAUUGUUUGCCUGCUGGCAGGCAAACAGAUUUGUAUUCAUGCUUCGGCAUCCAAGACGUUAACUUUUAUUAGCAAAUGAGUGCUAUUUUUAAUAUUCUUGUUAGCCAGCUUGAGUGCCAUUUUGGCAGAAGGGUGGUACACAAUAGUAAAUAAUGAACUGAACAAUUUGAAUGUAAAUGGCACAGACAGUACAGUAGAGUCUCAUGUAUCCAAGGUUCUGGAUUAUCCAAGGCAUUUUUGUAGUCAAUGUUUUCAAUAUAUCGUGAUAUUUUGGUGCUAAAUUCGUAAAUACGGUAAUUACAACACACCAUUACAGCGUAUUGAACUACUUUUUCUGUCCAAUUUGUUGUAUAACAUGAUUUGGUGCUUAAUUUGUAAAAUCAUAACCUAAUGUGAUGUUUAAUAGGCUUUUCCUUAAUCCCUCCUUAUUAUCCAAGAUAUUCGCUUAUCCAAGGUUCUGCUGGCCCGUUUAGCUUGGAUAAGUGAGACUCUACUGUAGUUACUUCCUACCGGCUGUUAGGAAUUGUGGGAGUUGAAGUCCAAAACCCCUGGAGGCCUGCUCGAUCCCUUUCUUGUACCUUUUCCAUGUUCCUAAAAGGCUGGUUCUUAUUAUAUGUCCAUUAAAUUCUUUUUUGUUUUAAGGUGCCACCCAAGUAGGAAUCAAUAUACACGGCUUCCGCUUUCCCGCCGGACUCCUUUAGAGUCGUACCAGGCGCAAACCGGAACUCGCUCAGAAAACUCUCCACACGCUUGUGGGGGGUGGCGUUGUUUCCGAGGCUGCGGGCCUCUUACCAUGGUCCAGGCAGCCGACUCCAGCCAAGGUGUUUCUCCCGACGCCGUGCCGCGCUUGCUUCAUCCCGGGACCGAGGACUGCGCCUCUUUGG